AAUUAUCAAGCUUCUUCGCCUUUAUCUCUUCCCAGCUUCACAUCAUGCUGCCUUUGCUGUACUAUGGAAGGGAGUACAAAACAGUAUUGACAGAUCUCAAAAGAGGCACAGAAGAGGGCGUGGACUGGAAAUUUAGUGUCUCACUCCACUACCUAAAAACAUUAAUUCAUCUAUCUAUCCAAUCUAUUUAUCUAUCAUAAAACCACAGGUCUUUCUGACUAGAAAUUGAACAAAGAUUUGGACCAAUUAGGCAUUUUUUAGCUGCAAGACAACGCGCAGGGUAUAAGUCUCCCAUAUCUUCCUCACGAUGCGCCUGCGUUCUCUGGAAUGAGCCGUUUUGGAUUUUAUUUCAUUUUUCUUUUCCUAUUAUGGAAAAGUCCGAGUCUAAUUCUCUUCAUAUGUUUCGCUACUUAUGUUUACAUACAUUACAAGACGCGGUAAAAAAAAAAAAAAAAGAGAGAGAGGGAGAGACGCCUGAUGAAAGCAAACGCGAGGGAACUGAUGGCACCACGCAGAUGUAGAACAACAACAAACAUGAAUAAAAAGAAAAUCCCGUCAUUUCUUUUCUGCAUCCAUCUCUUGUGUUUACAAACACGUCACGGAUUUGUUGUCCUUGUCAGUCCGGCUGUGAAUGGCGUCAGACUGGAGUGAUAAACUGCUGUUCCGCCCCGGAGGUUACACCAAAAACCAGGUCAGACGAGUUACGUUACCGAGCAGCGAUAAGACCCUCGGGAUGCUUGAUAAGACGCUUUUUAUAAGGCAGGGGAUGUCUGAAAACAUGAUGCUUCUAAGCUGCCGAACCGACAAUACAAGGCUGUUCUUCUCUCACUACCCCUAACUUUGCUGUUCGUACAAAUGGGUCUCUAUCUCUCUGCUUGGCUGAACGGCAGGGCAACAGAAAUCAUACCCUCAUCGUUAUCAGUUUUUCUUCCACAUGCAGUCCAACCCUCUUCACGCCUUGCGCUUACUCUAAAUUCCUCCCCAGUGCCUCCAGGAGACAGGCGUUCACACUGGAGCUCGGUCCAUUGCUCUUCUCACUUCCUGUUGUCGCCCUGCAAACAGGAAGUGACACGUACACCUGCUGAGCUCAGCAGUGAUGGAGUGAGAGCAGAGGUAGGGGUGAAAAGUGGGCUUCAUGUGUGGGAGGUGAAGUGGAGCCCCGAACACAGAGGAAGCCAUGCGGUUAUGGGAAUUUCGAGGCAGGAUUGUCCUCUUCAGGCCUCAGGCUACAACGUGCUGCUCGGUGGAGAUUCACAAUCUUGGGGAUGGGAGCUUAAAAAAAAUCAGCUCUGGCAUGGUGGACAAACUCUGAAGCCUUACCCAAGUAAUAGGAAGAGAUGUCCACCCAACAUAAAGGCAACAGAGACCCCUCUCCUCAUACCUGAGUGUGUCCUGCUGGUCCUGGAUGCCGAUGCUGGGACUCUAGGAUUUGUUGUUGAUGGCAAUUUCCUUGGCGUAGCUUUCAAGGACCUUCCCCGCGGAGUGGAACUGUUUCCAGCAGUAAGCAGUGUGAGAGGAGGAGCGAGGAUACGAUUACGUUAUCUCAACGGCACCACACGUACUCCCCCAUCCCUAAUGGCUUUAUGUGGACUGUCAAUUCAUCACUAUUUAGGGCAGCAAAGGCUGAAUCAAAUGGACAAAUUACCUCUUCCACCUGCUCUUCAUCGCUAUUUGCUUUCUUGUUUUUAAUUUUAACACUUGAUGUGGAUAUUUUUUAUUUGUUUGUCACUGUGCAUCAAAGCAUUUUUGAGCCAUUUCUUUUUAUAUAUAUGUAAUGUAAUAUAAAUGGGAUUUCUUCAUUUUGUUUAACUUAUUUAUUACAAGUUGGCAUAUGUUUCACAAUAUUUGAAAGAGAUCCGGGAUGAUAAUGAACUGGAGAACA